AAAAAAAAACUAAAGAAAAAUAAGAGGUGGGUGAUGGAGAUGAACCCAUGAAGAACUUCAGUUUCAAAAAAAAUAAGAGUAGAAAAAUUGAAGAGAUUUUCCCCCAAACAAAUGGCGAUGUUAAUUCAAAACUUGGCACCACCGUUUUCAUGCCGGAAUCCGCUCUAUACGUCGUCGUUUCCACUCCCUUCUUCAUCUUCUUCUUUACUUUCCAUCACAAUUUUGCCGGAAAAUUAUCGAAAUGUACGGAAGAAAUUGAGGGUUUGCAGAGCUAUGACUGACCAGACGGCGCCAGAAGGACCUUCUUCUCCUUUUCUUAAGGAAAUUGAAAGACUUUCAGCUAAAGAAUCUCUGUUACUUGCUUUGAAAGAUGCUGGAGGUUUUGAGGCAGUGGUCACUGGGAGGACAACAGAGGGACAAUGCAUUGAUGUGAACGAGAGGAUCAUUGCACUUGAGAGACUUAAUCCGACACCACGACCUACAACGUCUCCAUAUUUGGAAGGUCUAUGGAAUUUUGAGUGGUUUGGAACUGCAAGCCCGGUGUUCUUGGCUACCAGGCUUUUAUUUGGGAGAAUUCCAUCGGCAUUGGCAAAUUUAUCAAAAUUAGAUCUGCUAAUCAGAAAUGGAUAUGGGACUGCUAUUGCGCAUGUCAAAUUGUUGAAUUCGAUCGAAAAUAAAUUUGUUCUCUCCAGCAAGUUUUCUGUUGAGGGACCUCUUCGGAUGAAAGAGGAAUAUGUUGAAGGGAUAUUUGAAACUCCGAAGGUAGAUGAGGAUACCGUGCCAGAACAACUAAGGGGUGCUUUGGAUCAGGCUGUUAACACUCUCCAACAACUUCCUGUUCCUGUUCCCUUCAGAGACACUGUGUCCCGUGGGUUGAAAAUUCCUCUUGGUGAGGCGUUUCAAAGACUUGUUAUGAUUUCCUACCUUGAUGAAGAGAUACUGAUAGCAAGGAACACUGCAGGAGAACCCGAGGUCCUAACAAGGUUGGAUCCGGCCCCUGAUCCUGAACCAAUAUCGGAUUAUGAGAGCUGAGGAGCUCAACUUUCUCCGAUAGAACCGGGUCAUUUCUCUCAUCAGCUGUAUUUUAACAUCUACUUAAAAGUUAUAUUACAUCUUUUUCACCAAGUAUUGUAUAGAUUGAAUGUGAUGAUGAGCAUUGAACAUGAUGUUAUAAGGAUGGUUGUUAUUAUAGGUAAAAGUUGAUAUAGAGAUAAAAAAAAGGGCAGCCCGGUGCACUAAAGCUCCCGCUAUGCGCGGGAUCCGGGGAAGGGCCUGACCACAAGGGAUAUAGAGAUAAAAUAUAACAUAAAAAAUCGAUUAUGAGAAAAGCUUGGUUGUUACUUGUUACAGUAAGGUGGUGUUAUAUGAGAAUGAUGUUAUAGAGAUGUUUGUCUGUAUUAAUUAUUACAGGUAU